GAGGAAAAUUAAUCGAGCAGCUGGAUGGUUAUGUUUUGCUGGUGGAUUUUUCUACACUUCCGUGAAUUUCACAACAAGUGCUUUUAGCAAAUAUUCCCGAUUUCCCAAACAAGAGUGAUAAAACUCUCGUGAUAAUUAUUAUUACAUCAUACUAUAAUCAGGCAUUUUGUUUGAAAUUACAUCGUUUUGGAUGCAAUCGAUGCCAUGAACGACAUCCGCCGCCUAAAGGAACAACAGAAAGAAAAGCAUCCCGCCUUCGGUUCUUAUCUGGAAUGCAUGACCCGGGCCCUGUUUACGGGAUUGGCCGCCUUCACGUUAGGAUUUUCGUCGACAUAUUUCCUGCAAAAGAUUAUUUCUAAGCGACUGCCGUAUCAACCGAAAAUUGGCAUCCUGCUGUCGACGGUGAUCGGAACAGCCGCUUCGUAUAAGGUGACCGCCGAUCGUACCAAAUCCUGCCAGGCAGGUUGGAUGGCCGCUGAGGGCAAAUUUACUGCCCUCUCCGACCGUCACUCGUCCGACUUGAAAGCGAACAACAAUGGCAACUAA